ACUCCAUUAAGGUUUGUAGUUUGUAACAUCAAAUACACACUAACAUCAAGAUUCAGUAGCUUGCUGUAGUCAUAGACGUUGAGAUUACUUACAAAUAGGGCUGACGAAGCCUGUGAGAGUUGCUGUGUUUGCUCUUCUUGUCAUGGCGUCUCCCGUCCUGAAAUCUCUCCUGCUACUCUCUUCUCUCUUCCUCUCAACAGCUUCUGCUCUCAACUCUUCUUCAAACUCUUUGGAAUCCCAUCUUUCUUCACUGAGAACAGUCUGCAAAUCCACACCUUAUCCCGAUGCCUGUUUUGACUCUCUGAAGCUCUCCAUCUCCAUUAACAUCUCUCCAAACAUUCUCACAUUUCUCCUGCAAUCCCUCAAAACAGCGUUAUCCCAAGGGCUGAAGCUGUCGUCUCUCUUCUCCAAUGCCGGCCAGGCGAAUCUCGUCGAAAAGCAGAGGGGCACCAUUCAAGAUUGCAGGGAGCUGCACCAGAUCACGUUGUCUUCCCUGAAGAAGUCCGUGUCCCGGAUCAGCUCAGCUGAUUCAAGAAAAUUGGCCGACGCCAGGGCGUUCCUGUCAGCUGCCCUGACUAACAAGGAAACAUGCUUAGAGGGCCUGAAUUUGGCUAGUGGUCCUUUGAAAUCGCCCCUGGUGAAUUCUUUGACGGAUACUUAUAUGCAUGUGAGUAAUUCCCUGUCAAUGCUGUCCAAGCCGGGCUCGCAGAGGGGCGGCAAUAACAGGCGGCUCCUUAGUUUUCCGCGGUGGUUGUCCAGGAAAGCUCGUCGGGUUCUGCAGAGUUCCGGUGACGAAUAUGAUCCGAGUGAGAUGCUAACAGUGGCAGCCGAUGGGAGUGGGAACUUUACGACUGUUUCUGAUGCUAUAAAUUUCACCCCGAACAACAGCAUGGACAGGAUUAUUAUAUACAUUAGGGAAGGGGUGUAUCAAGAAAAUGUGGAGAUUCCGAGCUGGAAGCCCAACAUUGUCUUGCUUGGAGAUGGGAGUGGUGUUACUGUGAUUACCGGGAACAGAAGUGUGGCUGAUGGUUGGACCACUUUCAGAUCUGCUACUGUCGCUGUAUCUGGGGAGGGGUUCCUGGCUCGUGACAUAACGUUCGAGAACACAGCAGGACCAGAGAAGCACCAGGCUGUAGCCCUUCGCAUUAAUGCAGACUUGGCCGCCGUCUACAGAUGCACCAUCACCGGCUACCAAGACACAUUAUAUGUCCAUUCCUUCAGACAGUUCUAUAGAGAAUGCGACAUCUAUGGAACCAUAGACUACAUUUUCGGAAAUGCAGCAGUUGUCUUUCAGGGGUGUAACAUAGUUUCCAGAAUGCCGAUGCCAGGCCAAUUCACCGUGAUCACAGCGCAAUCCAGGGAUUCCCCUGAUGAGGACACUGGAAUGUCAUUGCAGAACUGUACGAUCUUGGCUACAGAUGACUUGUACUCCAAUUCCAGCACUGUCACGAGCUACUUAGGCAGGCCCUGGAGAAACUACUCCAGGACGGUUUACUUGGAGUCGUAUAUUGAUGACUUCAUUGCACCGGAGGGAUGGACUAAUUGGGUGGGUGAUCAAGGCCUGGACACUUUGUAUUACGGAGAGUAUGAAAAUUACGGCCCUGGAUCAAGCACUGAUAAUCGCGUUUCUUGGCCUGGUUACCAUGUAAUGGACUAUUACGACGCGUCUAACUUUACAGUUUCCCAGUUUAUAACUGGAGAGGAAUGGCUGGAUUCAACUUCGUUUCCUUAUGACGAUGGGGUUUAAUUUGGGCUCAAUUAGACUGUUUGCUUUAUUGUUGGAUGCAACGGUAACCUGAUUUCUCUUGUACAUGAGUUGAAAGAAUAUGUACGAGGAUUCGGCAAUUUUACUAAUUAGCAGCAGAAAGCAUAAAUGUAAAUAAAGCCUUCUGGUUUUGCAAUUUUUCUAA